UAGUAUAUAAGAUAUCCGAGCCGUGUAUACACAACCUAUAUAUAGAUCUAUGUGUUAUCGUUUUAAACCCGACACAGAUCUAAACACAGGCGUUGUUCUGAGAAAGGAACAUGUUCUGAAGUAGCGCAGCUAGGUUACUUUCGGUUUAGAAAAAAAGAUAACUUUUAGCGAUCUAAAAGAAAAGAGAUUUCGAAAGUAGAAUAGCUAGAUGUCUUCAGACAAUAGUAAAAAUAUGUCCGUAACUGUUGGGAGUAUCAAAGUUCGAGUCGUCAAAGAUGUGAUUACAAAACAGCAGGUUGAUGUCAUCGUUAACAGCAGUAAUUGCCGCCUUGAACUUAAAAAGGGUCGUGCGUCUAAAGCCCUGCUGGAUGCUGCUGGUGACGUCAUACAGACGGAGUGUGAUAUAUACCCCAAUGGUAUACAGAAUGGGGAGAUCGCCAUCACUUCCGGCGGACAGUUGUCAUGCAAGGCGAUAUACCACGGGGCCUUGUCCAAGUACUCUGGACCACAGGACGAACAGACACUGGCCAACCUGAUCAAAUCAUGUCUAGAUCAGGCGAAUUCAGACGGAUUUCAAACAAUGGCCAUCCCCGCCCUGGGGACGGGGUUUCUCUCCUACCCUGUUCCUACUGUCGCUAGAAUCACACUGGAUUGCAUACACAAUUGUUCAGCCACGUCGCUUCAAGAGGUUCUAGUUGUUAUUUUUACGACUGAAGACGACUGUUAUCAGACAUUUUUGACCGAAGCAAAGAAGUACAUUCCUAAAGCCAAAAGUCCUGGAAAGAAAUUGCCACCUCAGACAACACCCAACAGUUGCAAAAUUGGCCCAAUGACAGUGGAGGUGGUAGUGACUACACUGAGCUCGGUUCAUGCAGAUGUAUUAGUGUGUAGUGGGCCGAAGGACUUGCAGCUCACAAAUGGCAGCCUAUCAAAAUCCUUACUGGAAGCGGCUGGAGAUGGUUUGCAAGAAGAACUCGACAGUAGCUACCCAGAUGGAAUCGAUUUUGGAGAGUGUGCGAUAAGCAAAGGACACAAUCUCCCCUGCAAAUCCGUGUAUCAUGGUACACUGCCUAAAUGGGGAUCAAGCACACCAGACCCCUCCUUUAUUUUGAAAAAGUUCAUGGUUGAGUGUCUGAAAGAAGCAAACAACCAUGCCAUGAAAUCGAUAGCGUUUCCAACUCUUGGCCUGGGGGCACUGCAUUUUCCUGCACACCAAUCCGCCAAACUAAUGGCGCAGGGUCUUCGUGAGUUCAAUAAUAGUCAUCGUCGAAUCACCAUUGGCAUCAGCAAAGUCAUUAUCUUCGUCUACAGUGAAAUGAAAGACAGUGGCAAAAUACAGACUACAUUUCUUAAUGAACUGACAGGCCAGUCAGCUCCAUCUGGGAAAAAAUCUGUGUUUUCCGUAAAGAUUGGCGGCGUUCCUGUCACAGUUAAAGUCGGAAAUAUUACAAUAGAAAAGGUGGACGUUCUAGUGAACAGUGUUUCUACCAAACUAGGAUUGACUUCCGGUAGUGCAGGAGCAAUAGCUUCCGCGGCUGGCCCGGGUUUGGCCAGUGAACUUACUACAAAUAAUCCAAAUGGAGUGAAAUACGGUGAACUGGUCGUCACUGCUGGUCACGACAUCGCAAACGUUAAAGAAAUAUAUCACGGGGCUCUUCUACCUUGGUAUUCAAAGCGGGCAGGGGGGACAAAACCUCCCGAUGAUAUUCUAGAGGAAUUUAUCUUGGAAUGCCUUCAGAGAGCAAAUACAAAUGGUCAUAAAUCAAUAGCAUUUCCAGCUCUUGGAACAGGAUUUCUUAAAUUUCCUACAGAUGUCGCGUCGGCUUGCAUGGUAUCUGCGUUUAGCAAAUUUUGCCAAGAAACCAAAAAUAAAAGUGUGUCGGAAAUAGGAGUUGUGCUGUAUGAAGGAGCUGAUAAUUUGAAGCAAUUGGAAAAGGCUUUUCAAGACGAAUUCAGCCAACUGUCAGGAGAAACAACAGACACAUCAGGCUCAGAUGAUCUGAAAAAAAAGUCUUCUAAGCCACAUCACAUACAUCUACGUCGUCGAGUACCGACUGCUCCCCCGCAACGAGGAACAAAGGCCUAUUUAGAGUGGAAAUACAGGGAGGACGCCCGAACACCUCCCUACUGGUCAAAGUUCACCAGUAAAAAGAAGCUCAAGGAUUGGAAUUUACAGGUUCAAUCAGGGGCUGCACAUAUGGAGAAAGUCGACCAAAAAACUCAUCAAUGUAUUGAAGCCGCUUUCAGAAGUUCAAUGGGCAAUGCACAAAUAGUCAGUAUUCAUAGAAUCGAAAAUGUCGAGCUUUUCUUGAAAUAUUCGGAUGAAUGUCAGAGGCUUUUUAGAAAAGCAAUAGUAGAGGGAGAACUUUUGCCAUUGCACAAGGUCAGCGGGUCUAAUGCUAAAACAAUGCAACAUCUAGAUCAAACAAUGCAAUUCCAUACACAUCCAGAAAUAAAUGAGUACUAUUUCUUCCACGGUACAAAACCAGAGAAUGUACCCGUGAUCACAGGCCAGGGACUAGAUAAUAGACUGGCAUAUGCAGGACUAUUAGGCACAGGUGUGUAUGGAGCGGAAGACGCUGCCAAAUCCAACGGAUACACAGGAGCAGACACAAAUGGUUGCCGCCCAAUGUUUUUGAUGAGGAUGUGUCUUGGCGAUAUUUAUAUGACCAGCAAAUCGUCCUCUGGAAUCAGAAGACCACCAUGCAAAAAAUGUGGACUGCAAAAAAAGGCACACUUUUUGGGGCUUUUUGAAGAAUUAAAUAUGGCUGCAGACAACAGUAAACCUUUGUUUGUAACAGUUGGAAGUAUCAAAGUUCGAGUCAUUAAGGAUGUGAUAACAGAUCAGCAGGUUGACGUCAUCGUUAAUAGCAGCAACUGCCGCCUUGACCUUAGUAAAGGUCGGGCGUCUAAAGCCCUGCUGGACGCUGCUGGUGACGUCAUACAGACGGAGUGUGAUAAAUACCCCAACGGUAUACAAAAUGGGGAGAUCGCCAUCACUUCCGGCGGACAGUUGUCAUGCAAGGCGAUAUACCACGGAGCCUUGUCCAAGUAUUCUGGACCACAGGACGAUCAGACAUUGGCCAAAUUGAUCAAAGCAUGUUUAGAUCAGGCAAAUACAGACGGAUUUCAAACAAUGGCCAUCCCCGCCCUGGGGACGGGGUUUCUCUCUUACCCUGUUCCUACUGUCGCUAGAAUCACUCUGGACUGCAUACACAAUUGUUCAGCCACGUCGCUACAAGAGGUUCUAGUCGUUAUUUACAAACCUGAACAUAACUGUUUCAAGGCAUUUCUGGCCGAAGUGAAGAAGUAUCAUCCUAAAGCUAGCAGUCAGGGAAGACCACUUGAAAGCAGUCAGGGAAGACAACUGCAAACCCAAACAACACCCAACAGUUGCAAAAUUGGCCCAAUGACAGUAGAAGUUGUGGUGAAUACGCUGGGCUCUGUUCAUGCAGACGUGAUAGUGUGCAAUGGGUCCAAGGACUUGAAGCUCAGUAAUGGCAGCUUAUCAAAAUCCUUGCUGGAAGUGGCUGGAGAUAGUUUGCAAGAGGAACUUGACAGUAGCUACCCAAAUGGAAUCGAUUUUGGAGAGUGUGCGAUAAGCAAAGGAUACAAUCUGCCCUGCAAAUCAGUGUAUUAUGGUACACUGCCUAAAUGGGGAUCGAGUGCCCCCGAUCCUUCCUAUAUUCUAAAAAAGUUCAUGGUUGAAUGUCUCAAAGAAGCAAAUCAGCAUUCUAUGACGUCAAUAGCAUUUCCAACUCUUGGUCUGGGGGUGCUACACUUUCCUGCGCACCAAUCUGCCCGGCUGAUGAUACAAGGCAUCUUUGAGUUCAUCAACAACCAUCCUCACACCACCAUUAGCAUCAAUAAAGUCAUCAUUGUUGUCUAUAGUGCAAUGAAAGACAGUGGGAAAAUGCAGACUACAUAUGUUAAGGAACUGGAAGACCAGUCAGCUCCUUCUGUGAAUAAAACUGUGUAUUCUGGGAAAAUUGACAGUGUUUCCAUUACAGUCAACGUCGGAAAUAUUACAAAGGAAAAGGUGGAUGUUCUUGUAAACAGCGUUCCUACCAACCUAGGAUUGACUUCCCGUGGUGCAGCAGCAAUAGCUGCCGCGGCUGGUCCGAAUUUGGCCACCGAACUACCAACCAACAAUCCAAAUGGGGUGAAACAUGGUGAUAUUGUCGUUACGGCUGGACAUGAUCUGUCAAACGUUAAAGCAAUAUAUCACGGGGCUCUUCUACCCUGGUAUUCAAAGCGUUCAGGGGGAACAAAACCUCCCGAAGAUAUUCUAGAGGAACUUAUUUUGGAAUGUCUCCAGAAAGCGAACACAGAUGGCCAUAAAUCAAUAGCAUUUCCUGCCCUUGGAACAGGAUAUCACAAGUUCCCUACAGAUGUCGCACCAGCUUGCAUGACAUCAGCGUUUGGCAAAUUUGUCCGGGAAACCAAAAGUAAAACUGUGAACGAAAUAAGAGUUGUGCUGUAUAAAGGAGCUGAUGAUCUUAGAAUUUUGGAAAAGGCCUUUCAAGAUGAAUUCAGCAAAUUAGCUUCAGCAACAACAGACGCAUCAGAUGGUGUACAUAAAACAGCAGCAUCUAUGGCUCCUCAAACACCCCUACUCCAGCAAGUACCCAAGGUUCCCCCGCAACGAGGAACCAAAGCCUAUUUGGAGUGGAAAUACAGAGAGGACGCCCGAACACCACCUUACUGGUCAAAAUUCACCAAUAAAAUUACACUGAAAGAUUGGAAUCUGCAGGUUAAAUCUGGAGCUGCACAUUUGGAAAGUGUAGACCAAAGUACUUAUAGAAGCAUUAAAGCUGCAUUUAAAAGUUCAAUGGGUCAAUCCAAAAUCGUCAGUAUUCAAAGAAUCGAGAAUGUCGUGUUAUUCCUGAAAUACUCCGAUGAAUGUCAGAGGCUCUUUCGAAAAGCGGUCGUAGAAGGUGAUUUUGUACCAUUGCAGAAAGUCCGUAAUUCUACAGGAACAGCUAAAACAAUGCAACAUCUGGAUCAGACGAUGCUCGAUCAUACACACACAGAAAUAAAUGAAUAUUAUUUCUUUCAUGGGACAAAGCCACAUUGUGUUUCCGUGAUCACGGGUCAGGGAUUGGACAACAGACUGGCUGGUCCAGGACUUUUGGGCACAGGUGUGUAUGGGGCAGAAGACGCAGCCAAAUCCAGCUCAUACACAGGAGUUGACUCCAAAGGCUGUCACCCGAUGUUUUUAAUGAGGAUGUGUCUGGGAGAUAUUUAUAUGACCAGCCGAUCGGCAACUGGUAUCAGAAGACCCCCUUGUAAAAAAUGUGGACGCCAAAUGUGCACUUCUCAUCAAGAAAUAUAUGACAGCGUGGUAGCAAACUUUAUGGCCCGAGAGUUUGUCGUUUAUGACAGAUCCCAAUCAUAUCCUGAAUACCUGAUAUGGUAUCAGUAAAUUAAGAGGGGAAAUUGUGUUUCCGGAAAUGGAAAUCGAGAUAUACAGAUCAUUUAGAAUUAUUUACGUUUUUAUACGAAUAAGAAAAUAUCCGGCAAACAAAAAGUUAGUGCCAUGAUCAAUAUGACUUCAUAUACCCGUUAUUAAAUGAG